AUGGACACAGUGUUGCUACACAGGCUUUACAACAACUUGACCAGCGAGAGAAACCAGUUACUGACCAGUUACAACAACUUGAAAACUGAAAAGGACCAAUUGCUGACCAGUUACAACAACCUGACAAUCGAACGAGAACAGUUACUGACCAGUUACGACAACUUGAAAACUGAAAAGGACCAAUUGCUGACCAGUUACAACAACCUGACAACCAAACGAGAAGAGUUACUGACCAGUUACAACAACUUGAAAACUGAAAAGGACCAAUUGCUGACCAGUUACAACAACCUGACAACCGAACAAGAACAGUUACUGACCAGUUACAACAACUUGAAAACUGAAAAGGACCAAUUGCUGACCAGUUACAACAACAAAGUUAAAGAGAGAGACCAGCUCCAGACAAGAUUUGAAGACAUGACCAAAAAUAGAGACAAUCUUCAGAGAAAGCUUCAAGAUUGCCGAGGAAACUGGGUGGCCUUCAGUGAUAGUUUGUACCAAGUGUCUUCAGAGCAGAAAUCUUGGGAAGAAAGCAGACAAGACUGUCUUCAAAAAGGUUCAGACCUGAUGAUUAUCAACAGCCGAGAAGAACAGAAUUUUGCUAACCAGUUCAAGAAGUAUUUGUGGAUUGGACUGACUGACUCAGAGACAGACGGAAGAUGGAAAUGGGUGGAUGGGACUCAAAUGACCACAAGCUACUGGAAUAGUGGUGAACCAAAUGGUGCCAGAACGGAAAAUUGUGGACAGAUAAAGGCUUACGACUCGCAAAACAGCUGGAAUGAUGAAACAUGUUCCAAUAAACACUUCUGGAUAUGUGAGAAGAGAGAUUCUCCAUAA